GCGCGCGCACGGCUGGCGUUUCCUCGGCGCGGAGGAGGGGGACGCGGCGAGGAGGGUCGUCAAGCUUUGGUGUAUGUGUUGGCCAGUUCUAAAAUCUCCUUGAGGGAGCCCUACAUUGAGGAAGAUCAAAGCAGCCAGCUUGCCAACUGCGGGAUGGACCGUUUGGGUUCCUUUAGCAAUGAUCCCUCGGAUAAGCCACCUUGCCGAGGCUGCUCCUCUUACCUCAUGGAACCUUAUAUCAAGUGUGCUGAAUGUGGGCCACCUCCUUUUUUCCUCUGCUUACAGUGUUUCACGAGAGGAUUUGAGUACAAGAAACAUCAAAGUGAUCAUACUUACGAAAUAAUGACCUCAGAUUUUCCUGUUCUUGACCCCAGCUGGACUGCUCAAGAAGAAAUGGCCCUUUUAGAAGCUGUGAUGGACUGUGGCUUUGGAAAUUGGCAGGAUGUAGCAAAUCAGAUGUGCACCAAGACCAAGGAGGAGUGUGAGAAGCAUUAUAUGAAGCAUUUCAUCAAUAACCCUCUAUUUGCAUCCACCCUGCUGAACCUGAAACAAGCAGAGGAGGCAAAAACUGCUGACACAGCCAUUCCAUUUCACUCUACAGAUGACCCUCCCAGACCUACCUUUGACUCCCUGCUUUCUCGGGACAUGGCAGGAUACAUGCCAGCUCGAGCAGACUUCAUUGAGGAGUUUGACAAUUAUGCAGAAUGGGACUUGAGAGACAUUGAUUUUGUUGAAGAUGACUCGGACAUUUUACACGCUCUGAAGAUGGCUGUGGUGGAUAUCUAUCAUUCCAGGUUAAAGGAGAGACAGAGGCGAAAAAAAAUUAUAAGAGACCAUGGAUUAAUCAACCUUAGAAAGUUUCAGUUAAUGGAACGGCGAUAUCCCAAGGAAGUCCAAGACCUUUAUGAAACCAUGAGGCGAUUUGCAAGGAUAGUGGGACCAGUGGAGCAUGACAAGUUCAUUGAAAGCCAUGCAUUGGAAUUUGAACUCCGAAGGGAAAUCAAGAGGCUCCAGGAAUACAGGACAGCAGGCAUUACCAAUUUUUGUAGUGCCAGAACCUAUGAUCACCUCAAGAAGACCCGAGAAGAGGAGCGCCUCAAACGUACCAUGCUCUCCGAAGUCCUCCAGUACAUCCAGGACAGCAGUGCCUGCCAGCAGUGGCUCCGCCGGCAGGCUGACAUUGAUUCUGGCCUGAGUCCUUCUGUUCCAAUGGCUUCGAAUUCAGGUAGACGAAGUGCACCGCCCUUGAACCUCACUGGCCUCCCUGGCACAGAGAAAUUGAAUGAAAAGGAGAAGGAGCUCUGUCAGAUGGUGAGGUUGGUCCCAGGAGCCUAUUUAGAAUACAAAUCUGCUCUAUUGAACGAAUGUAACAAGCAAGGAGGCUUGAGACUGGCCCAGGCAAGAGCACUCAUCAAGAUAGACGUGAACAAAACCCGGAAAAUCUAUGACUUCCUCAUCCGAGAAGGCUACAUCACUAAAGCCUGAGGCUGCCCAGGUCUGGGAUCAGAAAUCACAAGUUUGAAAUGUGGUGAGCCAAAGGACAGGACGGGCAUUGUGGAGUUUCGUUUUUGAGCUGAAUUCUCGCCGUAAAAAGAGAAGAACAAAGGCAACCUUAAGUUGUAUUAACGUCUAUUUUCUUCUCCACCCUGCUUUAAACUACUCCUGUUGUUAGUAUCGUACUGCCGAGGUACAUGCUAGAUAAGCUAUUAUUAAUUGUGUGUGGGCAUUCAUUCCUAACACCUCUUGUAACGAAAACAGGAACCAUCGUACCUCACAUCACAGCGCUGGUAGAAAUAGAACUAAACCAGUCUUUAGUCCCAGGAAUCCAGCUCAGAUCCUUGUACUUGCUUGGUCAGUUGGUUUUCUGAUUAUCUAUUUGUCUUCAAACUUUAUGGACAGAUUUAAAAUAAAGAAAAAGGCUCUAGGGCAGGAGAAAGCUCUUUCCAUCUGAGGAUGUUUUGAAGCCGACAACUUUACGUUUACGAGCAAAGAGGCAGAAGACCUCCCCAUGAUGGUCGUGUCCCAGAUUGCAUCUUGAACUUUAAUGUCUGGCUUCGUAAUUUGCAGUCUGACUGUAAUCUGCAGUAGACUUUUGAGGAGGUGGCACCGGAUGUGAAAUGUCUGUUAUUUUUAGAAUUAAUGGAUUAAAAUGUUUUGCUACGUAA